AUGGUGGUGAUGUUCAUGGAUUUGAAAGCAGCCUUUGACUCGGUAAACAGAGAAAUCUUAGUAGAAAAUAUGAGGAAAAGGGGGGUAAAUGAAGGACUAAUAGAAAGAUGCGAAGAGAUCCUGAGGGAGACGGAGUGCAAGACAUGGACGAGAUAUUGGAGAGAGAAGGAUGGGGGGGGGGUAAAAGUGGGAGGAAGGAAAGUAUGGACAUUGGCAUAUGCGGAUGAUGUAGCAGUGGUGGCAGAGAGUGAGGGGGGAAUGACUAGGAUGAUUGAAAGGUUGGAGGAAUACAUGGAGGAGAAGGGGUUAGAGGUGAACGUAGAGAAGACGAAGAUAGUGAGAUGCAGGAAAGGAGGUGGAAGAUGGAAAAAG